AUGAAACAUCUUCAACAGCCUUUAACAGUCGAGAACAACAGACGCUGGCCAGACGGAUAUUAUUCAUUUUGUUUUGAGAAUCACUCUCGUUCACAAGUCUGCGGUUUGUUGUGGAGAGUCUUGAUAUUGAAUAUUUAUAUUUGUGUUUUAAUUACUUUGUUAUUGAAAUCAGAUAUUAUGGCGUUGAAGUUCCCUCACGAAAUAAAAAACGUUACAGACGAAGAGGAUAAACUUAUAAAGAAAUAUUAUAAAGAUUAUAUAAGGCCCUUCAUCCGCGUGGGGCCUGCGGGGUACAUAUCACCGGCAGGCUACGGCGAACACGCUUCAGAAAUCUAUAACCUGGAGGUCAGACCUGACGAUAUUUGGAUCACCCCGUUCUCCCGAUCAGGAACCACAUGGGUCCAGGAAUUAGUGUGGCUUGUGACAAACAACCUUGAUUUCGAGACCGCACGCUCUGUCCCGCUCGUCAAGAGAUACGCAUUCAUAGAAUAUCCAACUCUAAAAGCAGAGAAUCGGGCAGAUUUAAGCACGCCUGGGAACAGAGCGACCUACGAGGACUUCAAAACUGUGGCGAGUGUGAAAUCGCCGCGAUAUCUCAAAUCACAUUUACCGUUGUCCUUGCUCCCACCACAACUUCUUGAUACAGCCAAAGUGAUCUACGUCGCUCGGGAUCCUAGAGAUGUGGCGGUGUCGUUCCAUUUCGCACACAUACUAUUCCACUAUUUCGACAAAAGCAUGGAGUUCAAGGAGUUCUGGAACCUCUUCCGGAAAGAUUUGAUCUUGCGCACUCCUAUUUUUCCCCACAUAAUAGAAGCAUGGGAAAAGCGCAAUCACCCGAACAUGAUGUUUUUGUUUUACGAAGAAAUGCAAAAUGACCUUCGCAGCGUCGUAGAGCGGGUCUGCAAGUUUCUGGGCAAGGAAUACAGUGACGAGCAAAAGCAGAAGUUAGUUGAACACCUCAACUUCAGCAACAUGAAGAAAACCCGUGUGGUUAGCACUGAAGAAGGUGGAGACAGCGAGCUAACUUUUUUCAGAAAAGGUAAAUCUGGCAAUUGGGUUCAAUACUUUGACGAGGAGAUGCAAAAAGAAGCUGAAGAAUUUAUGGAAAAGAACCUUAAAGAGACUGAUUUGCGAUUCCCUGAAGUAAAAUAA